AUGACGAAGGGUACCUCAAGCUUCGGAAAGCGCCACAACAAGACGCACACUCUGUGCCGUCGUUGUGGCAAGCGGUCUUUCCACAUUCAGAAGUCCACUUGUGCCAACUGUGGCUACCCUGCCGCCAAGACCCGCAAGUUCAACUGGGGUGAGAAGGCUAAGCGCCGCAAGACCACCGGCUCCGGCCGCAUGCGCUCCCUCCGCGAUGUCCACCGCCGCUUCCUGAACGGCUUCCAGACCGGUACCCCCAAGGGUGCCCGUGGCCCCGAGACCAACUAG